GUGUUUGUUCCGCUCCCGGCCACCGUUGCUUCCUCCCCAGCCUCCUUCCCUGGCAGGGCCACAGCUCCCACUGGCAGUGCCGGGCACCAGGUUUUGACGAGCAAUGACAGAAGUGAGGAGAGAGGUGUUCGGGCAGAUGCCCCAGGAGGAAGGAGGAGGAGUGGUGGAAAAGUUUAUCUUAAAGUCAGACAGCGUGAAAGUGGAGAUCCUGUCCUUGGGGUGCAUAAUUGCUGCUCUGGAGACAAAAGACAGGGAUGGGAAGUUUUCAGAUGUUGUCCUCGGCUUCGACACUUUGGAAGGUUACACAAGGAAGCACCCCUUCUUCGGUACCGUCGUGGGGCGUGUUGCCAACAGGAUUGCAAAGGGGAGGUUCACCGUGGAGGGCAAGGACUAUCAGCUGUUCCUCAACAAUGGGCCCAACAGCCUGCACGGAGGAGCCAGGGGAUUUGACAAGGUUCUCUGGAAUCCCCACAUCGUCCCAAAUGGCAUCUGCUUCUUCCGGCUCAGCCCUGAUGGUGAAGAAGGUUACCCUGGUGACCUAAAAGUCUGGGUGACCUACACACUCAGCGGUGGGGAGCUGGCCAUCAACUAUCGAGCCCAGACGAGCAAGACAACACCCAUCAGCCUGACAAACCAUGCGUACUUCAACCUUGCAGGGCAGGGCUCACGGGAUAUCUACGACCAUGAGGUUUCUAUCCAAGCUGAUUCCUACCUGCCUGUGGACGACACCAAGAUCCCUACCGGGGAGGUGGCCACGGUGCAGGGCACCGGCUUCGAUCUCCGGCAGCCUGUGGAGCUGGGGAAGCACUUGCAAAAAUUUCACUUGGACGGUUUCGACCACAACUUCUGCCUGGAGCAGGCACCCACUCGACGCCUCGUGGCCAGGGCUCGCCAUCCGCCCACUGGCAGGACCAUGGAGGUUCACACCACCCAGCCUGGCAUCCAGUUUUACACCGGGAACAACCUAGAUGGCUCCCUGAAGGGCAAAGGUGCCAUCGCGUACCCCAAGCACUCAGCUUUCUGCCUGGAAACCCAGAACUGGCCCGAUGCCGUCAACCAGCCCCACUUCCCCAGCUCCCUGCUGCGGCCGGGCGAGGAAUACAACCACACCACCUACUUCCUCUUCAGCGCUGCUUAAGGACGGGGAUGCCAACUCUACCACCAAGAAGGGACUUGCACUUCUUUGAGGGCUUCCUGAUGGUGAACGACUGAAAGGAAAAGAAUCCACAGUUAACAUUUUGGUAGUCAUUUGGGAUUCACAAAUACAGGAAAAAACAGCAGGAGGAUACCUAGACUCCCCCAGCACCCUUUAAGCACUGUUUUAUUAAUAAAACAACUAAUCCUUAUUGACAAA